GUCCGAAGGCGGCGGCGGCGGCGGCGGCGGCGGCGGCGGAGGCGGCGGCGGAGGCGGAGGCGGAGGCGGAGGCGGAGGCGGAGGCGGAGGCGGAGGCGGAGGCGGCGGCGAGCCUGGCAAGCGGGCGGCGGCGCCGCUGCUCGCGCGCGGAUGGCCGUCCGACGGCGCGACGCUCGGCGGCACCGUUGCCGACUACGCGGAGAUGCUCGAUGCGCUCGACGACGCGCUCGACGUCUCCUCGCCGCUGCAUCCCCGCCCGACGGUCUUGUCCACCCCGCCGUGCGGCGGCGUUGCGUGCAGGUUCUCGUCGCCGCAGCGGCCGACCGUUCGCAGCUUCUCCUCAAGGCUGAGGCUCUCUGACUUGCCGGAGGCCCUCUGCCGCCUACGUCGGCUGCAGGAGCUGUUGCUCGCGUGCAACGAGCUUCGCUCGCUGCCGGCGUGGGUCGGUGCGUUGCCGCAGCUACACGUGCUCAACCUGCAGCACAACCGGCUGCGGCGGCUCCCGGCGGCGGUGCUCCGCAUCAAGGGGCUCCACUACCUGCGCUGGGGCGCGCAGAAGCCGUCGGGCGACGCCCCGGAGGAGGAGGAGGAGGCGGAGGAGGCGGAGGAGGCGGCAGGCGUAGCAGCGGCGGUGGAGGCGGAGGAGGCGGAGGAGGCGGCAGGCGUAGCAGCGGCGGCGGAGGAGGCGGAGGAGGCGGAGGAGGCGGCAGGCUUAGCAGCGGCGGCGGUGGAGGCGGAGGAGGCGGAGGAGGCGGCAGGCGUAGCAGCGGCGGUGGAGGCGGAGGAGGCGGAGGAGGCGGCAGGCGUAGCAGCGGCGGUGGAGGCCGGCGCAGCGGAGGCGGCGGCGGCGGCGGCGGAAGCGGCGGUGGCAGUCGGUGAUCAGGACGAUGCUGCAGCGGACGCAGCAGCGGAGGAGGCAGCCGGCGGGGGCUUCGCAUCGCCCAGCCUGACUGUGCUUGAGCUCGAGGCAAACGGCCAGACCGCGCUGCCACCGCUGCACCCGCGCGCGACGGUGCUCACGGCGCUCCUGGCCUCGUACAACCGGCUUGGUGCCGCCCCGCGGAUGCUAGCGCAGCAUGGCCAUUCGCUCAAGAAGCUCCACCUGGGCUGCAACGGCGUGACUUGCGUGGCGGAGGUGCUCCCCCACCUCACGCGGCUCACCGAGCUCUGCCUCGAGGGCAACCGGCUCUCGGAGCUGCCCGCGGCGAUUGGCCGGCUGGACAAGCUUCGCGAGCUGUGGCUGCACGGCGCACCACAACCGCCUCGCGGAGCUGCCCGCCGCCCUCGGCGCGCUCCCCCGGCUGCAGGGGCUCUACCUCCAGUCCAACAGGCUC